AUGGAAGACGAUGCAGGGCACAGCGAAGAACAUACGAUCGCUCCCGCUCCCGCCGCCUCCAACGCUCCUGAAGUGGGAGAAGUUGGCGACGUGGUGAUGGUUGAAGAAGGCAGCGGAGGCGGUGGUCGUGCUGAUAAGAGGAGCAAAGUUCGGGGACCUUGGUCGCCGGAGGAAGACGUGAUUUUAAGUGAACUUGUGAGCAAGUUUGGGGCGAGGAACUGGAGCCUGAUCGCACGAGGUAUCCCUGGCCGUUCUGGGAAGUCGUGCCGUCUACGGUGGUGUAAUCAGUUGGACCCUGCUGUUGAGCGCAAGCCCUUUACUGAGGCAGAAGAUCGGAUUAUAAUGGAUGCCCAUGCAAUCCAUGGAAACAAAUGGGCAUCAAUCGCAAAACUCUUGCGAGGUAGAACAGAUAAUGCGAUAAAAAAUCACUGGAAUUCAACACUCCGACGUAGGUACAUCCACCCUAAUUCAUAUAAUAAUAAUAGUAAUACUAAAAUGGACAUCAACUACAACCACCUGGACACAACAAAAGCAUCCUCUGAAGACACUUUAUCAAACGAAAACAUCAAUCAGAUUCAGUUGAAAUACGAACAUCAGAAUCAACAAUUCCCCGAGACCACCCUUUCUCGUCCAAUCCCACAUUUCGGAGCAUUUUCCAUUUAUACCCCUCAAAAUGGAAUCCCAAUCCCAAAUGAGGAAUCGAGAACGAUGGUUAUACCCAUACAAGGACCUUUAAGUUUAAUCCAGGCGUCCAAACCAGAAAGCAUCGGGUGUAAAUUUCUUAAAGGGUAUACGGCGGAAUCAGUGAUUCCGUCGAGGUGUGGGCAUGGUUGCUGUUCCGGUGGUGAUUCUCAGGAGGGGUUACUGUUGGGUCCGGAAUUCGUUGAAUAUGAAGAACUUCCUCCUUUGUCAAACCAGGAAUUGGCUACAAUUGCUACAGAUCUUAACACCAUUGCUUGGAUCAAAAGUGGGUUAGAAAAACCUACCCAAACAACUUUUGCAUUACCUGCACAAGUUGAAGGACUGAGUUGAAACAAAGGGAUCAGGU